AUGCAGACGUUCGGCGAAGCGGUCGAGCUGGCGAGCUCGUGCCCGCUGCCUCAGGCUGUAGGGGAUGUGGCGGAGAGGCACAUCAGUGAUGAUUUGCUCAAGGUGCUGCGCACGGAGCGGCUGAAGGCCCCUGAUACUCUCCAGGUGGCGCCCUACCAGGCGACUCCCGUCUGUGGCGCCAUCACGCACCACCAUGCGGCGGGUCUGCACAUCCCUGAUGAGGAGCGUCCCGAGGAGGAACGGAUGGCAGCGAUCAACGAAACCAUCCAGAAGUACGAGAAGAAGCUUGCCGAGCGCACCAAGCACCACAUGGGCUACCCGUACAACCUCGACUUUGACUUUGGCGCGCUUGAGGGCCUGACGCGGUACUCCAUCAACAACCUGGGCGACCCUUUCAUCGAGAGCAACUAUGGCGUCCACUCGCGCGAGUUUGAGGUGGGCGUGCUCAACUGGUUUGCGCGGCUGUGGGAGAUUGACGAGGAGGAGUACUGGGGCUACAUCACCAACUGCGGCACGGAGGGCAACCUGCACGGCAUACUGGUGGGGCGUGAGAACCUGCCAGACGGCAUCCUGUAUGCCAGCCGCGAGACGCACUACAGCAUCUUCAAGGCGGCCCGCAUGUACCGCAUGGACGCAGUCAAGGUGUCAACCCUGGAGACUGGCGAGAUCGAUUACGCCGAGCUGGAGGCCUCCCUCAAGGCCAACGCCGGCCGCCCCGCCAUCAUCAACGUCAACAUCGGCACCACUGUCAAGGGCGCCGUGGAUGAUCUGGACCGCGUCCUCGACAUCCUCAAGGCCACGGGCUACACAGAGGACCGCUUCUACAUCCACUGCGACGGCGCGCUCUUUGGCAUGAUGAUGCCCUUCCUGAAGCAGGCGCCCAUGGUGACGUUCCGCAAGCCGAUCGGGUCGGUGUCGGUCAGCGGGCACAAGUUCCUUGGCGCGCCCGUGCCAUGCGGCGUGGUCAUUACGCGGUUCCGCCACGUGCUGGCGCUGUCUUCCGACGUGGAGUACCUCAACAGCCGCGACGCCACCAUCAUGGGCUCACGCAACGGCCACGCGCCGCUGUACCUGUGGUACACCCUGACCCGCAAGGGCUACGCCGGCAUCGCGCGCGACGUGGAGCGCUGCAUGCGCAACGCGCACACGCUCAAGUCAAUGCUCGACCAGGCCGGCGUGAAGACCAUGCUCAACGAGCUGUCCAACACGGUGGUGUUUGAGCGGCCGCGGGAGGAGGCGUUUGUGCGCAAGUGGCAGCUGGCGUGCGAGGGGGACAUUGCGCACGUGGUUGUCAUGCCCAACAUCGACAUCGCCAAGCUGGAGGAGUUUGUGCAGGACUACAUCUCAUCGCGCGCCCGCGUGGCCAUCGCCGCCGCUAAGCGCGUGGCCGCCGACGCGCGCGCCGCCGAGGCAGAGAGCGGCGACGGCGACGACGACUCGGCCUAG